UUGAAAUCGAUUUGCAAAAGUAAAUAAAGAAAACAUGGUUUUGCGACUGGUUGCUGCUUAUUUGUGUUGUGAUUUGGUAUCUGAUUUGCUACACCUGCAAUGGAGGAAACAGAGGGAACUUUCAGUGACGUUUUAAUGGAUUCACAUAAUGCACAGACAAGAGAGACCUCGAGAAGAAUACUACAUUUCAGCGAUGGAAUUUUAGAAGAAUGCACUGCAGAGGAGGUUUGUGUCGCUGAAUCUGACGGGAAAACUUUGGACACCGUUGCGGCUGUCGAUCCGUCGACGAUGUCCUGGGGACCGUGGCUGUGGCACAAGACAGUCUCUGCUGGGUCCACUACCCUGCGAGCCUGCGACUACGUGGGGGAAACACUUGCCGACUUCUUUGGAAUCACUACACCGAAGUAUCAGCUCGAGAUUGAUGAGUACAAGAGGAUGGUUCGAGAGGAAGAAGAAGAAAAGAAACGACAAGACCUGGAAAUGGGUGGAUGGUCAGGGAGUGGCUCAAAAGAUAUUCUGGAGAAGAGUGGUGACAUGCAGAUGGCAUCACUACCGCUGAAAGGUGGUGACUCUGGCAAGGGCACAGCCACACAGAGUUCUGUUGCAGGAUCAGAAGACCAGAAGAAAUAUUGAUGCUCUGUUUCAUCGAAAAUAUCCCAUAAUUUUCUGGACUGAGCAGACAUCUUGAUGGAUUUUGGCAGUACGGGCGAGGAGACUUUCUGUAACGGUAACAGCAUGGUGUGCCUUGUUGUACAGAAAAUGGAAUUUACAUUACUUGAAAACUAUGCAUUGUGCUUGUUGCCUCUGAUUAAUUUAAAAAAUAACUGUAUCUGUUUAUGGUUACUGAUCGCAUUGUUCAACUUCUUUAUGUAAAAUGUUCUUUUUUGUGUGAACCUAAUUUGUAAUGCAUGUGCUCUGAGAGGGAAAAAAUACAUAUUAAUGUCAGCUCAGUAUUUGUUUACAAAUUGACAGGAAGUAGUACAAACAUAAGAAGCGACAUGAAUUGAAGACCUGUGGAUUAGUUUGCUACCUCUUCUGUUUAGUGUAUAGCCAGAACUGAAGGUGUUAUCUUUUACAGAAAAAUAAUUAACUAAACAAAUUUUUGGUCUGUGCUAAUCUGUCAGGUAGAAUAAUGUGACAGUAGCUAACAUUGUGCUGAUAAUGAGUUUGUCAUAAAAUGCAUUACUAGGUACCUGAGACUGUAGCUGUUUCCUCUUUUCACUUUAUUGAGUUCCACAAGGGAUGAAAUGUAUUAAAAUUUUAAAAUCAAGUAAAUAAUGCCUUAUAAAGUGAAAUGAUCUACUUAAGCACACUUACACACAAUCAUUUUAAUUAUAAUUUUGAGCUCAUUUGUAUAUUAAUUCUUGAGAGCAGAAUUCGGAACUGCUGUUAUUAAGACAAUGUAGCUUUUUUCCUUUUUUUUUUUCUUUUUUCUUUUUUUAAAGGUGAUUAAGAAAUCCUUACCCUUGCAAGUGACACUUCCCGUUGUUCACUUUUUCAGCGUUGUUACAGUGGUACGUUAUUUAUAAAAAUAUAAAUUUUAUCUGUUAAUCAAUUUCUAAGUUUAUUGUAUUGAUUACAUUGUGUCUAUCUACCAGCGCUUUCUCGUUUGGUAAGUUACAGCAUCUUUGUUUUUUAUAUAUAUAUGAGUACAGAAUAAGUUAUACUCAGAAACUGCCUCCAUUAUCUUGUCUUGAAAGUUGUAUGCAUGUACAUAUUGUUCAUGCUUAUACUUCCUCACACCUAGAAAAUCAAUUACGCUGCAAGCACAUUAGUUUCCUUGUUUUAAGUUUUGUUUUCAAAUUUGUGGAAAGUGUUCAAGAAAUAAACACACAUUUCCAAGAAAUUAAUCAAUCCUGCAUAAUCAGUUUCAAAAUUCUACGAUAAUAUUCAUAUGCUUCUUUAAUUCCUUGUAUUUUUAUGUGAAAAAGAUGAGACACCAUUUUGCGGAGAAUAAAGUUGUGUAUUUUUAAUGAACCGAGAUACAUAACAACACAACUUCCACAGAAGGCGGUAUGAUUUAACAGUACAGAUGUUUCUUCUCCCCGCCGCAGAAAUCUAUUUAUUAUGAGAAAUGUUUUAGCAUCAAAGAGAAUUGUGACAUGACACAAGGUUUUCCACCCUUACAGUUACCAUUAAUUUAUUCCUAUCACUGGCCUCUUCAAAGUUAUGAAAGUGUUACAUAUUGCCUUUAUUUUUUAUUAUAUUUAUUUAUUUAUUUAUUUAUUUUCACUGUAAAGAUGGAGGGCAUAUUAUAGAAAUGAUACCUCUGUAAGGAUGUGCUCUAAACAUGGUACCCAUGUUCUCGAUGCAAAUAGUCAGUUACAUGUGAGAGUCACUCUCAAAACUCUGAUUAUCUAGUUAACCUUUUAAUUUUACAAUGCGAGGAUAGUGACAAUGCUAGUGGGAAAUGCAUUUCAAUUUGUUUAGUUUCUCACACAAAAUGAUGAUAAUCUGACCCACACCCCACGAGGUGACUGGAGACGUUUGUCACAGAAGUUGAGCCUCGUGCCUGAUGGUAGGUACUGUUUGUUGCUUAUUUGAAGCUCUCUGGAGGAAGCAGUUUGCACAUCGUACAGCUGGUGGCCUCUCUGAUGUCGUGUCUUCGACAAUUUAUUUUCUCUUGGGCUUUAAGCAUGAAGACUGUCAAGUGUCUACAGUACACUUACUGAGUCGGAUAUAAUAGAGAUCUCAUUUAAUAAAACGCACUAAUUCUGCUUAUCAGUGGCAUCAUUUCUCAAUCUAAAAAUACAAAGAAAAUUGAAUUGAUAUUGAGGAGUGGCUAAUUUACCAUGCUUUUUGUCUUGUGGUUGCAUGUUUUUGUGUGGGACUAGAAACUGCUGUUUUUGUAUUAAUAUUAGAAUUAGGUAUAGUAAAAAUUUCUAAUGUAUCACACAUAAGGAGUAUCAGUUUACUGGUACCAUCUACAGUGAGUGCUCUGAACUGUGACAGCUUUAGACAGAUCCACUAUGACAGUAAAUAGCGUGUAUUCAGUGUGGGACUCUUGUGCAGUAAAGACAAUAACUUGGAGCUCUUUCUGUAAUAAGUAGUUGAAUUUUGAUUUUGCUUUUAUUCAAUGCGAUCACAUCUUUAUUAACAAUAUUUUUGUCUAAGAAAAUACGUGCAGCUGUUCGAAUGAAUGGGAGUCCCAACAGUAUUAACCUUUCUGCAGUUGCGUAUACCUCUUGACAAAACGCUUCUGUAAAGAUACCUUAUACUGUAUGUAUAUAAGGUGAAUUGUCAAAUUUGAUGUACAUUUGACAUAUUUGUAUACAAAAAGUUGAACUGUAUUUUUUGAUGUUUGUAACAAUCAUUAUAUACAAAUAAAAUGAUGUAACUCAGUGUUUGGAAA